AUGGCGGAACAAACGAAGAAGAGAUACAUUACAAACGAAGAUCUGAAAAAACAUAACCAACCUGGAGAUUUAUGGAUUUCGAUUCAAGGAAAAGUCUACGAUGUUUCCGAUUGGGUUAAAUCUCAUCCCGGAGGUGAAUCAGCGAUUCUCAAUCUCGCCGGUCAAGACGUAACCGACGCAUUCAUCGCUUACCAUCCUGGAACCGCAUGGAACCACCUCGAAAACCUUCACAACGGUUACCACGUGAGAGACUUCCACGUGUCCGACGUGUCACGUGACUACCGUCGUUUAGCCGUCGAGUUCUCCAAACGCGGACUCUUCGAGAAAAAAGAACACGUGACUCUCUACACACUCACGUGCGUCGUGGUUAUGUUAGCGGCGGUUGUUUACGGCGUUUGUGCUUGCACCACCGUCUGGGCUCACCUAAUCUCCGCCGUGUUACUCGGACUUCUCUGGAUCCAGAGCGCUUACGUCGGACACGAUUCCGGUCAUUACAACGUCACGUCGACGAAACCGUGUAAUAAACUCGUACAGCUUUUAUCCGGUAACUGUCUCACCGGAAUCUCAAUCGCGUGGUGGAAAUGGACUCAUAACGCUCACCAUCUCGCUUGUAAUAGCCUUGAUCACGAUCCAGAUCUACAACACAUCCCAAUCUUCGCCGUCUCAACCAAAUUCUUCAAUUCGAUGACGUCACGCUUCUAUGGUCGGAGAUUAACCUUCGAUCCAUUAGCUCGAUUCUUAAUCAGUUACCAACAUUGGACUUUUUACCCAGUAAUGUGCGUCGGAAGAAUCAAUCUGUUUAUCCAAACGUUCCUUUUGCUAUUCUCGACACGUCACGUUCCAGACCGAGCUUUAAACAUCGCCGGAAUUCUCGUUUUCUGGACAUGGUUUCCACUUUUGGUCUCCUUCUUACCAAAUUGGCAAGAGAGGAUCCUCUUUAUGUUCGUGAGUUUCGCCGUGACGGCGAUUCAACAUGUUCAAUUCUGUUUAAACCAUUUCGCAGCCGAUGUUUAUACCGGUCCACCAAACGGAAACGACUGGUUCGAGAAACAAACCGCCGGUACGCUUGAUAUAUCGUGUAGAUCGUAUAUGGAUUGGUUUUUCGGUGGAUUGCAGUUUCAGUUAGAGCAUCAUUUGUUUCCUCGGUUACCUCGUUGUCAUCUCCGGCGAGUAUCUCCGGUAGUUCAAGAGCUUUGUAAGAAACAUAAUCUACCGUAUAGAAGUCUUUCGUGGUGGGAAGCAAAUGUGUGGACGAUUAGGACUUUGAGGAAUGCAGCGAUUCAAGCUAGAGAUGUGACUAAUCCUGUGUUGAAGAAUUUGAUCUGGGAAGCUGUGAAUACUCAUGGCUAA